AUGAUACUCGGACCGGUGUCACUGCUCGACUGUCUCGUCUUUGUUAUUUUCCUCACGCCACAGCUCCUCAUCAAUGUCGGCUUCUUCCCGACGGUAGUCGUCACCUUGAAGAUGCUGCCUUUCCUCGUGUUUCAACUGCCGACUUCCCUGUUCCGCGAACGAUAUCUCCUACGCCACGACGAGCAAUCGCCCUUUGUGCAGCGCGCGAGUUUCUUCGAAGAUUUAGUCAUACGCUGCGUGCGUUACGCCUUUGCAAACUUGCCAACCAACAUUGGACGUGUCUUCUUUUCAAAGUACAUAUCUCUGCCGUUUCUGCGGUUUCGAAUGCUGCGGCAUGGCUAUCUCAGGUCACCUGCGACCUGGAGUGAGCACAAGGAAAAGGGCCAACACGGCUUCGAAGGGGUUUGGAUCCAAAAGGAUGCGUCGCAACCGCCCGACAUUGUGGUAUACUACGCCCACGGAGGCGGUUUCGCCAUGGGCUCCGCGUACUUUUACCUCGAAUUUCUUCUGUCGUGGCACUCACUACUCGUCCAAGCCGGCUACCGGAACCCUGCUAUAUUCUCUCUCGAGUACACCCUCGUGCCCGAUAAAAUGUACCCGAGGCAAAUGUACGAGACUUUGAGGGGCUAUAAGCAUGUUCUGAAAAAAGUCGGAGACCCCCGGAAGGUAGUUGUUGCAGGAGACUCAGCGGGAGCAACCCUGAUAUUGACGUUGUUGCUGGAGCUGGGCCACAUGAACGAGGCCCGGGCAUUCAAAGAGAAGAGUGAAGAUUCCACCGCAUCUGAAGGUCGAAGUCAGGAGCACUUGCGCCAGGCCUCAGAGUCCCCUCUACCAGGGCUCUGCGUCUUGAUUUCGCCGUGGGCCAAGCUCAUCUCCAAGCAUGAGAACACGGCCAGCGACUUUCUUGAUCGCGACACGCUGUGGAAAUACGCGGUGCAGUAUGCCGGGGCAGCGCAUGUCUACGACAAGACCGCGUCGCCUGGGCAGUGCGCCGAUCCUCGGGUGUGGGCGGAAGCUAGUCCACUUUGUGGCUUCUUCAUCACGUACGGAUCAGAAGAGGUGUUCGCGCCCGACAUCAAAGACCUGAUAAACGUCUUGGUCAAAAGUACCGAGGUCGACAGUCGCAGCGAGGAUGGUGGUAUCCACGCCUGGCCCGUUGUUUCGUUGUUCCUGUCAAGUACCGAGGACAAGAGACUCAAGGGUCUGCGGACACUCACGUCAGCCAUCAGAAAACAUAUCCAGUAG